AUGCAGAACACACCACAAGGAUGCAAUCUUAGGAAAGCGAAAAAAAGAGAACAAAAUUGUCGCUAUUAUGCACAACAUAGAGAACAAAUCUCUAAAAAGCGUCGCCUGGAGCGAAUGAAACACAAAAUGCUCUUGCCUACACCUCCACCAUGCGACACCCCACAGAUGAUCGAUUCAGAUUCGCCUAUUUUGAAUCAAAGCCUUCCUUUCUCAUCUGGCCAGACCAGUAUUGUAUCACAGCAAAUACAACAACCUUCAUUGCAUAGUAGCAAACUACAACAGAAACAUGUAACACAAAACAGGCAACCUCUAUACCAUCAGACAAUAUUGCAGCCUACAACAACACAACAAUGCACAACAAAUUGUUUCUCUUCUGUGCAGUACAUUCAAACAUUGCAAGCCUUCCGCCAUCGCAUUGAUUCGCUGUCCAUGCUUCAAACAUGUAGUAUUUGUAAGGAAAGAUAUAUUGGAAUGCUGCUAUACGGGAACCAACAACAUAUUAUUUGUUCAAGAUGCUUUUCUGAAAAUGGUGUUCAUCGUUUCUCCUUGGCAAAUAACUUAGACCCAGGCGAGCAACCUGUUGUGUUAAAAAAACUUACACAAGUAGAAGAGAUGCUUAUAGCUAGGGUUGCUCCUGUUUUGCAAGUCAGACAUGGAAAAGGUGGCCAAUACAAAUAUUCUGGUCACACAAUAAGUUUUCCCCAAGAUAUUUCAGAAAUUGCAAAGCUUUUGCCACGAAGACUAAAAGACCUUGAAGUUCUUAUUGUCCACCGAAGUAAUAUACAAGGCACAAAAUAUGAUUGUUAUGUGAAUAAAUUCCAUGUUAUGGAUGCAUUGAGCUAUAAAAUACAACAUGACCAGUACUAUAAUGAUGUUGUCAUAGACUUUGAUGCUGUCAACCUGCUUCCUAAUACUACAACAGAUAUAUCAAAUAUGCUAUGCUCUUUAGAAGAACAUAUUGAUGUAACAGGUAUUCCACCAACAGAAGACCUUCUGGACAAUUGCAAUGAAUAUGAUGCAAAUAUGGCAUCAUCUUUUGUUCCAAAACUGCCUACUCCACCCCGCGAACUAGAUACAGUUAAGAGAACCUUGCAGUUAGAUGCUAAUACUAAUAAUAAUAUCCCUUGGCCUGAAAUAAACUUGUCUCUGAUAAAUGAAUAUAAUACAAUAGGCUUGUUAAGCAUGGCAUUCCCAACCCUUUUCCCAUCUGGAGUUGCACUUCCACUACAGCCACGUAUCAAGUAUGUUCAUUUACAUGAAUAUGCUCUCCACUUACUUAGAUAUGCUGAUCAAAGAUUUGGGCAGCAUGUUAGAUUCCGGUAUUAUAUUUACAAUCUAAUUAUGAGACAUCGUUCGCAACAAUCUGCAGCUAUCUUCAUUAAAACUAAUUUGGGAGAGUCUGUCCCAACCACUAUCGAAGCACUCCAUGGACGAUUGCAAAACACUCCUGAUGAUCAGCUGCCUAGCCAAUUGUUGCGCUUUGGUGCAACGCUUCGAGGCACCCGUGCAUAUUGGCGUAAAUCUAGAAAAGAGCUUACUGCAAUGAUCUCCCAAUUGGGGCCCCCAACAUUGUUCUUUACAUUAAGUUCAGCUGAUACCAAAUGGCUUGAUUUGCAUAGGGUUUUCUCUGAAAAUGAUGGCCAAACCACACAGUUUACAAGAAAACAACUUACAGACAAUGUGAUCUGCAAUCCACAUAUAACAGCAUUAUACCUUCACCACAGAUUUAUAAUAUUUCGUGAAGAAAUUAUUCAAAAGUUGUUCCAAGCAAAGGAUCAUUGGUAUAGGUAUGAAUGGCAACAUUGA